GGUCCCUUCUCAUCUCUCUUCCUGUCUGUCCUUUCCUGGCCCCUGUUUCCUCCUCUUUUUGCCUUUUGCUGCUUCUACCCUCAUCCCCUGGAGACCCAGGUCUGCUGGACCCAUCCAUCCUCUUUGGGGCCAUGGGAUCGCUUCUUGGGCUCCUGGCACUGCUGCUGCUCUGGGGUGCUGUGGCUGAGGGCCCAGCCAAGAAGGUGCUGACUCUGGAGGGGGACCUGGUGCUAGGUGGGCUGUUCCCGGUGCACCAGAAGGGUGGCCCAGCAGAGGAGUGUGGCCCUGUGAAUGAACAUCGUGGCAUCCAGCGCCUGGAGGCCAUGCUUUUCGCGCUGGACCGUAUCAACCGUGACCCCCACCUGCUGCCUGGCGUGCGCCUAGGUGCACACAUCCUCGACAGCUGCUCCAAGGACACACAUGCCCUGGAGCAGGCACUGGACUUUGUGCGUGCCUCUCUCAGCCGUGGUGCCGAUGGCUCCCGUCACAUCUGCCCCGACGGCUCUUACGCCACCCAUGGUGAUGCUCCCACUGCCAUCACUGGUGUCAUUGGCGGCUCCUACAGUGACGUCUCUAUCCAGGUGGCAAACCUCCUGAGGCUUUUUCAGAUCCCACAGAUCAGCUAUGCCUCCACCAGUGCCAAGCUGAGUGACAAGUCCCGCUAUGACUAUUUUGCCCGCACAGUGCCCCCAGACUUCUUCCAAGCCAAGGCCAUGGCUGAGAUCCUCCGCUUCUUCAACUGGACCUAUGUGUCCACUGUGGCAUCUGAGGGUGACUAUGGCGAGACCGGCAUUGAGGCCUUUGAGCUAGAGGCCCGUGCCCGUAACAUCUGCGUGGCCACCUCAGAGAAGGUAGGCCGUGCCAUGAACCGUGCAGCCUUUGAGGGCGUGGUGCGAGCCCUGCUACAGAAGCCCAGUGCCCGCGUGGUUGUCCUGUUCACCCGAUCUGAGGAUGCCCACGAGCUGCUUGCCGCCACCCAGCGCCUCAAUGCCAGCUUCACCUGGGUGGCCAGCGAUGGCUGGGGAGCCCUGGAGAGUGUGGUGGCAGGCAGUGAGGGGGCUGCCGAAGGUGCCAUUACUAUCGAGCUAGCCUCCUACCCCAUCAGUGACUUUGCUUCCUACUUCCAGAGCCUGGACCCCUGGAACAACAGCCGGAACCCCUGGUUCCGUGAGUUCUGGGAGCAGAGGUUCCGCUGCAGCUUCCGGCAGCGAGACUGUGCAACCCACUCUCUGAAGGCUGUGCCCUUUGAGCAGGAGUCCAAGAUCAUGUUUGUGGUCAAUGCAGUGUACGCCAUGGCCCACGCACUGCACAACAUGCACCGCGCCCUCUGCCCCAACACCACCCGCCUCUGUGAUGCGAUGCGGCCUGUCAACGGACGCCACCUCUACAAGGACUUCGUGCUCAACGUCAAGUUUGAUGCCCCCUUCCGCCCUGCUGACACUCACAACGAGGUCCGCUUUGACCGCUUUGGUGAUGGUAUCGGCCGUUACAACAUCUUCACCUAUCUGCGGGCAGGCAGCGGGCGCUACCGCUACCAGAAGGUGGGCUACUGGGCAGAAGGCCUGACCCUGGACACCAGCCUCAUCCCAUGGGCCUCGCCCUCAGCUGGCCCCCUGCCUGCCUCUCGCUGCAGUGAGCCCUGCUUGCAGAAUGAGGUGAAGAGCGUGCAGCCGGGGGAGGUCUGCUGCUGGCUCUGCAUCCCCUGCCAGCCCUACGAGUACCGGCUGGAUGAGUUCACCUGUGCUGACUGUGGUCUUGGCUACUGGCCCAAUGCCAGCCUCACUGGCUGCUUUGAGCUGCCUCAGGAGUACAUCCGCUGGGGUGAUGCGUGGGCUGUGGGACCUGUCACCAUCGCCUGUCUGGGUGCCCUAGCCACCCUCUUUGUGCUGGGUGUCUUUGUGCGGCACAAUGCCACACCUGUGGUCAAGGCCUCUGGUCGGGAGCUCUGCUACAUCCUGCUGGGAGGUGUCUUCCUCUGCUACUGCAUGACCUUCAUCUUCAUUGCCAAACCAUCCACAGCAGUGUGCACUUUACGGCGCCUUGGUUUGGGCACUGCCUUUUCUGUCUGCUAUUCAGCUCUGCUCACCAAGACAAACCGCAUUGCUCGUAUCUUUGGCGGGGCCCGGGAGGGUGCCCAGCGGCCACGCUUCAUCAGUCCUGCCUCACAGGUGGCCAUCUGCCUAGCACUUAUCUCAGGCCAGUUGCUCAUUGUGGCUGCCUGGCUAGUGGUGGAGGCACCAGGCACAGGCAAGGAGACAGCCCCUGAACGGCGGGAGGUGGUGACAUUGCGCUGCAAUCACCGUGAUGCCAGCAUGUUGGGUUCCCUGGCUUACAACGUGCUCCUCAUCGCCCUCUGCACGCUCUAUGCCUUCAAGACCCGCAAGUGCCCCGAGAACUUCAACGAGGCCAAGUUCAUUGGCUUCACCAUGUAUACCACCUGUAUCAUCUGGCUGGCAUUCCUGCCCAUCUUCUAUGUCACCUCCAGUGACUAUCGGGUGCAGACCACCACCAUGUGCGUGUCGGUCAGCCUCAGCGGCUCUGUGGUGCUUGGCUGCCUCUUUGCCCCCAAGCUGCACAUCAUCCUCUUCCAGCCACAGAAGAAUGUGGUGAGCCACCGGGCGCCCACCAGCCGUUUUGGCAGUGCUGCUGCCAGGGCCAGCUCCAGCCUUGGCCAAGGGUCUGGUUCCCAGUUUGUCCCCACUGUUUGCAAUGGCCGUGAGGUGGUGGACUCAACAACAUCAUCGCUUUGAAGACCCCACAGUCUUGCCCUGACAUGGCUGCUCCCUUGAGCCCAGUACAGACCCACGUCCAUGGCCAGGAGGAAGUCGGCUGGAACACUGCAAUAAUGCCCACUCUAAAAAUCACUUACCCACCCACUUGUCCCAACCCUUCAGAGUCAGAAGUCAGGGUCUUUAGCUGGGGAACCUCUACAAUGUCCACCAACCACCCUCACUGUUGUGUCCCCCACUUGCCAGGCCCGGGGCUCAGAGUGGGAGAGAGCCGGGGUCCACUCUGCCCUGUAACAAAACAAGGUGGUUGAAGAAUGCAAGCUCCAGUCCCCAGCAGCAAAGGUGCUUCCAGCCCAGACCUUCCCCCUCCUUGGGCCUUUUUAAUUUUUAUAUAAGUUACUCUGGGAUGGAGAGGGUGGUUAUGGUGGAGGCCAUUCGCUCCCCGACCUGCCCUGCACAGUAGUUUGUCCUGUGAUUUAUUUUGUAUUAUCUGUAAAUAAAGUGUCUUUAUUUUAAAAAAAAAA